GAAGAGGGGAUCACCCACUCUUCACACUCACACGCACUGUUGUAUAUCUAUAUAUAUACAAAACUCCAUUGCUGGAGGCCGAGAAACACUCUGAUUUGUCUCUCUACACUCUCCCUCUUUGUCUCUCCAACUCUCUCUGCACUCUGGAAAAUUUCUACCCAAAUACAGAAUAUCUUCAAUUCAGUUCGUUUAGUAUAAACAUCAUUCACCUAAUUCAAACGAAUCGACGCCUGUAAUCUCCUCGUUUUCAUGGAUCAGGAGCAGUCUUCCGAAGCCCUAACCCCAUCAUCCUUAGUCGGAACCAAAAAGCUGAACGCCGAGGCUCCUGAAUUCGUCCCCCGCGUCUCGUCCGCGGCGACGCCACCUCCGCCGCCGCCGCCGCCGCUGUUACCACCCGUGUACGCGAGGCCCCCGUCGUUUGUGCCGCCGUUGCCACCCCCUUACUAUGGGUACGAGAACUAUUACCAGCAAAAUCUGACGCCGUUUUAUGGGUACAAUGUGAAUCCAGUGGGCCCAGUGGAGUUCGCGGCUGAUGGAAAAAAUGGUAUCACUGCCACUUCGACGAAAAAUGGGUUGUCGGAUUCUCACCAGAAGAUUAUCAAUCAGGUGGAGUUCUAUUUCAGUGAUAUCAAUCUGGCUACGACAGAUCAGUUAUUUAGGUACAUGAGCAAAGAUCCUGAGGGAUAUGUGCCACUUUCUGUUGUCGCAUCAUUCAAAAAAAUCAAAACUGCCAUUAGUGACAGUACACAGCUUGCUAGUAUCCUGAGGAGCUCAAAUAAACUGUUAGUUAGUGAAGACGGAAAAAAGGUUAAACGCCAGCAUCCAUUGACUGAAUCAGAUAUGGAAGAGCUACAAUCUCGUAUAGUCAUUGCUGAGAAUUUACCCGAGGAUCAUUCUCAUCAGAACCUGAUGAAGAUCUUCUCAUCUGUGGGGAGUGUGAAGUCAAUCCGUACCUGUCCACCUCAGAGUUCCAACAAUGGUGCAUCCUAUGCAUCUAAAGCAGGAAAGGGGGAUGGGUUGCAAUUCAGUGGCAAGUUUCAUGCUUUUGUGGAGUACGAAUCUGCUGAACUAGCAGAGAGAGCGGUUGCUGAACUGAAAGAUGACGGCAAUUGGAGGAACUGUCUAAAAGUUCGUUUGCUGCUUAAAAAUGUGGUAAAACCUACUAACGCACGAGCAAAGAAAGUUAUUCAUGAAGGUCAAUCUACUGUUAAGAAAGAUGAGACAAUUGUGGCAGAGAUGCAGGUUUUCAAGGAGAAUCACUUGGAAGAUACAGUGCGACAAUCUGAUAAGCAAAAUCAUGAGCUUCAGUUGGAGGAUACUGUCAAAAGCAAUGGGCAGAAGAAAGGGCGCAGUUCAGUAGGUGGCAGUUUAAAUGGCAAUGGCAAGGGAAAGGGAAAGGGACAGUCACGUGGACGGCCUCAGCAUCCAACUAAUGGAGGAAACAUAUCUGCAUCUCCUUCUUUAGAAGUUUCUUUAAGUAAUGAGAAGCUGAACAUAGCCAAAGCAUCUUCCGUCCCUCGCAUGCCUGAUGGCACUAAGGGAUUCUCCAUGGGUCGAGGAAAGCCUGUAGCUGUAAAAAUUGCUUGAGCGUUUGUGACUGAACCAGGGUUCUGAGUCUCGUGUAAGCUAGCAUGCAAGUCUUGGAGCAACAAUAUCCUCAGCUGCAUUUUCCACCGUUCUCUUUCAAAAGUUGUCGACGGUGUUAGCUGGCAUAACGGGUUGUCUGCUUAAUUCGGAUCAGACUAUACCCUUUUGUGGAGUGAGUGAUUCACAUUUUAGAAAAUGAAGAACAUGGAGAGAACUAUUGUUGCAUUGUUGUUGUCCUGUUUAGGUUUAGAGGUUACCUUUGUUGUAGAUAGCAAACAUCUCCGCUGGAUGCAGAUUCUGUUAUACAUAUAAAAAUGAGAAGAAAAAACAAGAAGAAUUACUAGUA